CACAUGACCAGAGGCCAGCUGAUCAUCACGGAGAGAGUCGGACAAGAUCACGACCAUCAGAGCUCUAAUCCUGCACGGAAAACAGCGGUUUCUCCCUGUUAUAUGUAUAGUUUAAUAAAAUAGGACAGUAGCUAACACUUCAGUGUUAAUCUAAAGGAAAGGGAAGUAAACAAAGGAACGUAAAUAUCGACCAAAGGACGAGAAGAUGUCUGGAAAAGAGCGGAUCGACGUUUUCCCCUCCAGAAUGGCUCAGACCAUCAUGAAGGCUCGGCUCAAAGGGGCUCAGACCGGACGCAACCUGCUCAAGAAGAAAUCUGACGCCCUCUCCAUGCGCUUCCGUCAGAUCCUCCGCAAAAUUAUCGAAACUAAGACUAAGAUGGGAGAGGUGAUGAGAGAGGCGGCCUUCUCUUUGGCUGAAGCCAAAUUUACAGCUGGAGACUUCAGCACAACUGUAAUCCAGAAUGUAAACAAAGCUCAAGUGAAGGUCCGAGCCAAGAAGGACAACGUGGCAGGUGUCACCCUCCCAGUUUUUGAACACUACCAAGAAGGCGGGGACAGCUAUGAGCUGACUGGUCUGGCCAGAGGAGGAGAGCAGCUCUCCAGGUUGAAGAGGAACUAUGCCAGAGCUGUGGAGCUGCUGGUGGAGCUGGCCUCCUUACAGACAUCUUUUGUCACCCUGGAUGAAGCCAUAAAGAUUACCAACCGCCGUGUGAACGCUAUUGAGCACGUGAUUAUCCCCCGCAUUGAUCGCACCCUCACCUACAUCAUCACAGAGCUGGAUGAGAGAGAACGAGAGGAGUUCUACAGGCUGAAGAAGAUUCAAGAGAAGAAGAAGCAGCUCAGGGAAAGGACAGAACUGGAGAUCGCAGCCCGCCUGGCUAAACUGGGUCCCAUCGCAGAGCCCAGCAACAUGCUGACAGAGGAGACGGAUGAAGACCUGCUGUUUGAGUGAAUCGCUCUGAAAGGCAGACGAGUCACCGACUUCACCCAACAUCCUAUUUAUUCUGUGCCUCUCAGGCCAUGUCUACAUAUGUCCUUUGUUUUCUCAUGCAAGUGAUGGACGUUUGUUUUUUGUGUACUUGUCUGUGAUGAUUUGUUCUAUUGUUUCAGUGCUGGAAGGUACUGUGUGUUUCCAGAUCUCGUCACUGUACAGAACCGAAGUGUCGUCACACUUGGCUGUUUACCCACAAGGGAGUCAGAUCAAUAUUAUAAAAAUAAUCAAAAUAAUAAGAAUAUAAAUAUGUUUACACAUGGUUUGUGAGUGAAAUUAAAGCUGUGUGACUGAUCAAGUUGUAGAUAUUUCAGGUUCCUCACAACAAUAAGAGCCACUGCAUGCUGUAAAGCGGUUGUAGAUUUCGAAGUGUGUGUGAGUCUGUGUUGUGGAGGUUGUUGUUACCUCAUUUGAGGAUGUUCAUCAUCUCAACAGAAAACCCUAAAGUGACCCUACUGCGAGUCAACGAAUCCCCAUAAAUAAAGAUGUUAUCAACCAUU